CUCGGUGGCGACGCCAAGUUCCCAGAGGUACCUCCUCUCGGCAUCCCUCCCUACGUCCAUGAGUAGCUCGAGGUGGCCUUCCUUACUCUCUUAUCGCAUAAUCGCUGGUCGGCAAGUCCCCUCCUCACUUGCCGUGCCGGCUCCCCCCCCACCGGGGAAUAUUCAUUGGUGGGGUCCCAGACGGCUUCGAUCAGAACUCCGCAUCGAGCAAGUCGACACACCUGCUGAGUCCGUCCAUUAUAAAAACUUCGCAGCUCGAGGCCUCGGAGUCUUUUCCAUCCCGAUUCCCUCUAUUCCCUCCACGAUCGCCUUAGUCCUCUCCUUCUCGACUCAACACCAUGGCUGAUACCGUUGGCAAGACCAUCAAGUGCAAGGCCGCCGUCGCCUGGGAGGCCGGUAAGCCCCUGAGCAUCGAGGAGAUCGAGGUCGCGCCCCCGAGGGCUCACGAAGUUCGAAUCAAGAUCUACUACACUGGCGUCUGUCACACGGAUGCCUACACGCUGUCUGGCAAGGACCCUGAAGGCGCUUUUCCCGUCGUUCUGGGGCAUGAGGGAGCCGGUCUCGUCGAGUCGGUUGGCGAGGGCGUCACCAACGUAAAGCCUGGAGACCAUGUCGUCGCGCUCUACACGCCCGAAUGCCGGGAAUGCAAGUUCUGCAAGUCCGGCAAGACGAACCUUUGCGGAAAGAUCCGUGCAACUCAGGGCCGAGGUGUCCUCCCCGAUGGCACCUCGCGAUUCACCUGCAAGGGCAAGGAGCUGCUCCACUUCAUGGGGACCUCGACCUUCUCUCAGUACACCGUCGUCGCCGACAUCUCCGUCGUCGCCGUCCAGCAAGACGCCCCCAUGGACCGAACCUGCCUCCUAGGCUGUGGUAUCACCACCGGCUACGGCGCUGCGAGAAUUACUGCCAACGUCGAAGAAGGCUCUAACAUUGCUGUCUUCGGAGCCGGCUGUGUCGGUCUUUCGGUUGUCCAGGGUGCCGUCGCGCAGAAGGCGGGCAAGAUCAUCGUCGUCGACGUGAACCCGUCCAAGGAAGAGUGGGCCAAGAAAUUUGGAGCGACCGACUUCGUUAACCCUCUCGAGCUCGGGGGCCAGAAGGUCCAGGAUAAGCUCAUCGAGAUGACGGACGGCGGCUGCGAUUACACCUUCGACUGCACCGGCAAUGUCAGCGUGAUGCGCGCCGCUCUCGAGGCCUGCCACAAAGGUUGGGGUCAGAGCAUCAUCAUCGGCGUCGCUGCCGCCGGUCAAGAGAUCGCCACUCGACCAUUCCAACUGGUCACCGGCCGCGUGUGGAAGGGUUGCGCCUUUGGUGGCGUCAAGGGUCGGACACAGCUGCCAGGUCUCGUGACCGACUACCUGGAGGGCAGGUUGAAGGUAGAUGAGUUCAUCACCCACCGUGAAACCCUAGACCGCAUCAACGAGGCGUUCGACGCCAUGAAGGCGGGAGACUGCAUUCGUUGCGUCGUGACUACGACGGAGUAAAGAAAAUUCAAAAAGGGGGGAAAUAAAAUUAAAGGCGACUGGACCGAAUGGUGGACCUCGAAAGCAAAUGACAGCUUGUAGCUACGACGAACCCCCAAGAUAGGUUCUCUGUGAAUAAUAUUGUGUGAUAUUGAAAC